UCGCCAUGGACACAAAUCACACGAGCCACAAGCGCACCACGACAGUAGCAAGAGCUUUUGAUCAUAUCUUGCAGCAAUCGCUUGAUCGAUGGCGUCCAAGGUUGAGCUUGUCGUGGAGGUGAAGUCCCCGGCGGACAAGCUGUGGACGGCGCUUCGUGAUUCGACGGAGCUGUUCCCCAAGAUCUUCCCCGAGCAGUACAAGAGCAUCGAGACCGUCGAGGGCGACGGCAAGUCCGCCGGCACCGUCCGCCUCCUCAAGUACACCGAAGGGGUCCCGAUGGUGACGUUCGCCAAGGAGAAGGUGGAGAUGGCGGACGACGAGAAGAAGGUGGUGUCGUACAGCGUGGUGGACGGCGAGCUGGUGAGCUUCUACAAGAACUUCAGGGUGACGGUGCAGGUGACCCCGAGCGCCAAGGACGACGGUGCCGCAGCAGGCGCGGUGGUGAACUGGGCCAUGGAGUUCGACAAGGCCAGCGACGCCGUGCCCGACCCGGACGUCAUCAAGGAGACCGCCGCCAAGACCUUCCACGACCUCGACGACUACCUCCUCAAGAACUAGUUGCAUAUAUAGCUCCGCAUAGUACCGGCGGCCGGCCAAGGACGAUCGAGAUCCGUCCGUGGCUUGCUGUCGCCGCUGCGUUGCCUUCUCCGGUUCCACCUUGCACGUCGACGUGUUACUCUCAUUGUGCUGCUGCGACCAUGUGUGUCUCUGCCUGCUCUUGCGCACGUGAUCGAGCGAUGAAUAAUAAAGCUGUCCAGACUUUAAUUGACA